AUGUCUUCUCACAAGACUUUCAGAAUCAAGCGAUUCCUGGCCAAGAAACAAAAGCAGAAUCGUCCCAUUCCCCAGUGGAUUUGGAUGAAAACUGGUAAUAAGAUCAGGUACAACUCCAAAAGGAGGCACUGGAGAAGAACCAAGCUGGGUCUGUAAGGCGUCACACGUCAUGAGAUGACACACCUAAUUGGCAUACAUAUUUAAUUAAGCUGCGUGAAGAUCAGGUGUUCUAUCAUUCUGUAAACAUCCUUCCUACCUGGCCGUAGACUUGUCUUAUCAUGGAAAUGAUUUUUCUCUCUGACUAUGCCUCUGCACCAGUAGGUUGGUUCAGUAAUAAAUGUGAGACCUCUCGGCUCUACUACUGCUGUGUUUCUGAUUUGCAAAGUACUGAAUUCCCCACCUGUCAGAUCAUGCACAGCACUGUCAGAACUUCCUGCAGUGAUAGAAAUGUCCCUUGACAAGCAAGUAUGUAAAGUGUGGCUAGGGGGUGCCUGGGUGGCUCAGUGCCUUAGGCCCAGGUCAUGAUCUUAGG